GCAAGAAGGGCCUCUUCCACGAAAGUGCGGUGAUCGAUCUGGACAAGUAUUUGCGGCCGCUGCCUGCAGGCCUAAGAGACGCUGUGGCCUUGGACCAGAGCCUCUGCGAUAUCGCGUUUCCUGCGCUCAGAGACCAGUCCAGGGACUUCGCGAACCUGAUCCAGCUGCAAGCCCUGAGCCCGUCGGUGUGCGCGCCGAGGCACGGCGUUGCGAGUUGGGAUCAUGUGGAGGGCCGCAGGGCGCUGGGGCAGACCAAGCGACGCGGCCGAUGGGUGUCGCCAAGCAGCAUGAAGCGCUUCGCGAAGGAGGCUCACCUUCAGGACGCCAUGACCCGCGCGCCCGGCUGGGCGUUCGUCUUCGGCAGGCUCGCGCAUGCCAGUCUGCUCGAGAUUGUCGAGUUGGGACCCGGCCUGCAGCGCUGCCCGCGCUUUUGGCAGCAGCUGCCCGAGGCCGCGCAGGCGCUGAUCGCUGCCGUAGCCUCGCCGGCGCCGGUGCGGCGUCAUCGCGAGGCCCUCCUCGCCCAACAUCUGACGGCUGCUCGGCAUGAGAUGUUCGGCGCGUUUUUGAAGUUCUGUGCGGGGUCUUGA